AUGUCCGCUCCGCCCACCCCAACCGGCGAAACCAUCGUCUACCUAGACUCCAACUACCAUCCUCUCCCCUCUAAUUUCUUCCCCACCCCACACACAUACACAGCCUACCCACAUACCCCGCUCCCCCAAAUCGCGCCGCGCAUCCUCCCCGCCACCAUCCUCCUCACCUCCCUCUGCCCGCUCACCCGCGAAACCCUCUCGCUCCUCCCCCCCUCCCAACUAAAACUCAUCAUCAUCACCUCCGUCGGCACAAACCACGUCGAUCUUGCCUACUGCGCCGAAAACAACAUCCAAGUCUCCAACAUGCCGGAUACGAAUACGGAUACCGUGGCCGAACACGCGUUGGCGCUGUAUUUUGCAGUCAAGAGAGAUGUGGUGAGUAUGCAUGAGUGGACGAUGAAGGCGGAGCGGUGGGCGAGCCAGGGAACGGGUAUUCUGGGUAUGAAUACUUGGCAAGGUGGUGGCGCGAGGAGUUGUAGAAGUGAGGUCGUGGGGAUUGUAGGUGGUGGGAAGAUUGGCCUCGCCAUAUCCAACCUCUGCACCGCCCUCGGGAUGAAAGUACUCAUCUCCGAGCGCAAAUCGAUUCCCCAAGCGCAAGCGCGCGCAGGCCGAACCGCUUUUUCCUCCAUCCUCACGGAAUGCACAACCAUUAUUCUUGCCUGUCCUCUCUCACCCGAGACGAAGAAUCUCAUCGCCGUGCCUGAAUUAUCGCUGAUGCGUCGCGAUGCGAUUCUCGUCAAUGUAGCUCGCGGCGGUGUGGUUAAUGAGGCGGAUUUGGCGAGGGCGUUGGACGAGGGAGAGAUUUUGGGAGCGGCGACGGAUGUUUUUGAGAGCGAGCCGGUGGAGAAGGGGGGGAGUCCGUUGGUUAGAGGAGAGGGCGAGGAGAGAGUGAGGAAUCUGAUUGUUAGUCCUCAUGUGGCUUGGUUUGGGAGGGAUAGUCAGGAGAAAUGUGUUAGGGCUAUUGCUGAGAUUUUUGAGGGGUAUUUGAAGGGGGAGAAGGUUAAUUUUGUGGUUUGA